CGUCUUGAAACCAUAAACACGCACUGGGAGUCGAUAUCUCCGAUAGUACGCGAACGCAGCAUUAAAGCGACACUGGUGCCAAACUGGAUCCAGUUCAUAUCAGUGAUCGAGAACGUCAGACGGAGAGCGAGGGACGACGAUGUUUGAAAAUGUCCCGGCAGUGUCCACAGCGGAGCGUCAGCAGGUUCUGGGAGCUCUGGAGCGUCUGCAGGCCAAACUGGCCCAGAGGGAGGAGUGGACCCACAGUGAGACGAUGGGAAACCUGAGGGAGACUCUGCAGAAUCCGCUGUUCAACCACAUCCUGACCCUGCAGCACUCCAUCAAACAGCUGCGGCACCAGCUGAACAAUAUGCCGCCUGACACCUGCAGCGAGUUCAGUUUCUCCAAAAAGGGUCAGCUGAUCAUGAGCGCUGUUAAUUCAGCCAGCAGCUCCGCCCCGCCCUCCCUGUCCUCCUCCUCCUCCAUCCUGACCAAUGGCUUGUCUCCACCCAUCCAUCAGACUCCGCCCUCAUCUGACCUCCUGCCGAAAUGGAUCCUCGCCGCUGCCAAGGGCCGUCACACAGAGCUGGUCCGCCUGACUCGGCCUCUGUCUGGAGGUCUGGGCUUCAGCGUGGUCGGCCUGAACCCUGAAGGAACCAGCAGUCAGGGCGUCUUCGUUAAACACAUCCAGCCUGGAGGCGUCGCGCACAGGAACGGGUGUCUCCAGGAGAGGGACCAGAUCCUGGUGAUAAACGGCAGUCCUCUGGAGGCGGGGAUCAGCCAGCAGCAGGCGCUGACCCUCCUGCAGCAGCCCGGAGAGACGGUGGAGCUGGUGGUCGCCAGGGACCGCCCACUCAACGCAUCAUCACAACCUGCCGCCGCCAUCAACACGAGACCCCCCCCAGUGAUCAUUUUUUCAGGGGAGCUCCCGUCUUGUUAAGAGGAGCCCAGUUUG